AUGGCGGAGUCGAGCGACGAGGAGUUCGCAGUCGACCAGGCGCGCGUGAGCGAGGUUGGGCUCGACGAUGACGGGGAGGCCAUCAGGCGGUCCCGCAUUAGUUGCGCCAACGAGUCGCUGGGUCGCGUGGCUGAUCUGCUCUCGGCGACGCGGCCAGGGAUGCGGCUGUCCGUGCGCCCUGUUCGUGGAGACGGGCUGUGCUUUUUCCGCGCUGCGGCUGCCGAACUGGGACUUCCAGGCCGCGCGGCUUGGAAGCUGUACAGAUGGACGCUGGUGAAGAUGAUGAAGCAGCGGAACCAGCAAUUGUUCGCGGCGCUGCAGCUGGACGAGUACGCCGUGGAGAGGAGGGCCCGCCUGCAGAAGGAGUUGCCAGCGCAGGUGGCCAGUGGCGUCGCGUGGGGCAGUCUCCCCAACUGGAAGGUGUUCUACGUGGACAUAUGCAUGGGCCUCCAUUCGGAGGACGUGUCGGCAACGCGCCGAUAUGCAGACGCUGUUGUGAUCACGCACUUCCUGGAGGCUUGUGGCGCUCUCGCUCUGUGCGUGCCAUUCAACGCGUGGAGCCAGGCGGCCAUCUUCCCGGACCAGGGGUUGCUGCAGGGACGUGCGCAAAUCCCAGUGCUCGAUUUUGCUUUUGUCCACUAUGACGUCGACGGGUAUUCACACUACGAUGCGGUGGACGUGGCGACGUCAGGAGCUAACGCUCCGCGACCGUGGGAGCCGUCGACCGCGUGCCGGGGGAAGUUCAGCGACCCGUCGUGUUUCGCUGACGUGGAUGCGCUAUUCGGCGAGGAGGACGUGGCGGCUUUCUGUCAUCAGAUGAUCAUCCUGAAGGCCGAGGCGUUCGGGCGAUUGCAGUUCACUGAGAGGGGAGUGCGGCGGGGCGCGGAGCAUCAGACAGCAAAGCGCGCCCGCAGGCCGCCGACGGGGCGCGGGCUUGCCGCGCGCCGGUCAGGGCGUCUCGACCGCAGGGCGAACGCGAAAGAGCAUUGCCGUGCACAGCGGAUGGCCCCGGAGUCUGACUCCGACGCCUACCGGGUAGUCAUCGCCCUCAAGAGCGGCGUCGGACUCAAUUCCGAGGACCCGACGCUUCCUCCGCCGUUCGACCCGUCGGACGCCGCAGACAACAUCCAGGAGGUAAUGGACGGAUUGCAGUGGCCGAUCUGCAACUGCGCCGUUCGGCAGUGCCGCUGGACCGGGGAGACGGAAGGGGAUUUGCGGCGCCACGUACUCAGCUGCCACCAGGCCUGCCUCCCAGCAGCGUGGAGGCAGGGGUGGAACAAGAGACUCGCUGACAGCGCCGACGAUGUCGGCGUCCAUGCCGAGGUGCUGGAGGAGCAGGAAGCGUGGAUCUGGUCCAUCUACUGCCAGGCGGUGGAGGUCCGGGCGCGCACUGGCAUGCCAGCUCUCGGCAUUUGCAGAGACCGGCGGGCAAUUCGCACCAUGAGGCAAGUGGCGAACGAUGCUUGUUUGUCGUCGCUGGUGUGCUUCUGCUGCGGUCAGAUCUACACGAGUGUCGAGGACCCCGAGUCCGCUGGAGUCAGUGAGAUUGGAUGGACGCCACUGCGCGGGCUCUUGCGCAGUUGUCCGCGUGAGCUCCUGGAGUACGCCUUCGGCUUGGACGCGUUCCUGGCGCACUUCCCGCACCCUGCUCCGGACCACCGCGGGACGCGGUCGCACCACUAUCCGACGCAGACAACCGCGUCUUCGCCGUGGGUGCGAACGGUGCGGUGGAAUGGUCCGAACGGAAGCCAGAACUCCAUGCGCUUCCUGUGCUGCCCGGAAGACGUGGUGUGCGACCGUCAGCAUGGAGUUGUUGAUGAGCUGUGCGAGUCGUGCCGCAUACCUCUGUGCUGGCAGUGCCGCGGCAUUUUCGCGAAGACGCGAACGGUGCGGGAGCGAAUCCCGCGUCCCGCCAUCGCCAACGACAAUUUUGUCGGGUUCGUGUCGGCAUGGUGGGAGAAGCACAAGCCCCGGUGGAUCGAGAUGGCCGCGGCCACGCCAGUGUGGACGAGUUUGAUGGCGUUCUACGUCGAGGGCGAUAAGGGCCACCUCAUGAACAAUCAGGCGAGCUGCGCGAAGUAG